CAGCUUCUGUUUCUGCAGCAUAUGUAGCUUAAAGUUCUGUGCCUUGUGCCCUACAUAGCUGUAUCGAUUAACAUAUGCAAUUGACAAUAUCGUUUGAUCACAUCCCUGUGGAGGUUUGGAAGAAGAAUUUCAUCGUUUACAUGGGUUACUCACUUUAUUUGAUAACGUAUUUUACUUGCUUUGAAACAAUAGAAGAACUUUGAUUCUGCAAUAUCACUUAUAUAUGUAUGAGUCAUAUCAUAUGACAUCUUAUAUCUGGAAUGCUUUUGUAGCAAAAUAUGUGUAUUGAGGUUUUUGUGUACAAGGACUGUGAUGUAUAAUUGAUUAGAUAUGGCUUGGGUAGAAAUCUGAAGGUUGGGGUUAUACAGAUGGCAAGUGGGUUUGGGGAAUCAACAAGCAGGUCACCCCCAAGCCCCUCCUGCUCCAGCAACAAUAAUAACAGCGAUGCCGGCAAUUUUGAAUGCAACAUAUGCUUUGACUUAGCACAAGAUCCUAUAAUCACUUUAUGCGGUCAUCUUUUCUGCUGGCCUUGUCUUUAUAAAUGGCUUCACUUCCACUCACAGUCACGGGAAUGCCCUGUGUGUAAGGCCCUUAUUGAGGAGGAUAAGUUGGUUCCCUUGUAUGGGAGAGGAAAGACAUCAACUGACCCUAGAUCAAAAUCUAUUCCUGGUGUUAAUAUCCCACAUCGUCCUGCUGGUCAGAGACCUGAAACUGCUCCUCCACCUGAAUCAAAUCCUUUUCCUCAACAUGGUUUUGGAUUCACAGGUGGGUUGGGAGGGUUUGCACCCGCAGCCCCCGGAAGAUUUGGGAAUUUCACAUUGUCUGCUGCAUUUGGUGGUUUUAUACCAUCCUUAUUUAACUUCCAGUUGCAUGGAUUUCAUGAUGCAAGCAUGUAUGGUGGAGCAGCUGGUUUCCCUUAUGGGUUUUCUAAUUCUUUUCAUGGUGGCCAUGUUCAUAGAUAUCCUCUGCACACAGGUCAAGGGCAACAAGACUAUUUUCUGAAGAGGCUGCUGCUGUUUGUUAUUUUUUGUGUUGUUCUUGCUUUAUUUUGGCAAUAGAUUGGAUAGAGUUCAGACUGCUAACAGAACCAAAUUUAUGUUCUUAUAAUCUUCCUGUGUGCCUUUUUUUUUUAAAUUUUGAAUUUUUUGUAACUAGGGAAAUUGUUCAUAUCAUACUUUAUCAUUACUCUAGUAGUUUUCUUUGUGAUUAGUUUGUGGGACGACUUAACUGGGCAAUCCAAGUGCAAAGUUUCGUUUCAAAAUCAUGAAAGCAAACACAUACAGAUUUUAGUU